ACAAGCAUCAGCCACUGAGCCUGCGCCCCCAACACACAACUCUUUUUCUUUUUUUUGAAACGAAGUCCGGUUUUUUCACCCAAGCUGUAGAGCGGUGGCGCUCUGGUGGUUCACUGCAGCCUCUAACUCCUGAGCGCCCACAGUCCUCCCGCCUCAGCCUCCCAAAGUGCUGAAGUUUCAGGCCUGAGCCACUGCGCCCUACUAUGCCAAUUUUCAGGUAAAGAAUUAGAGGACCCUCGAGGAGAAGCCAUUUUCCCAACAUGAGCCCAGGACCCCAAAGCCCACGGGUUUGGGCUGCUUGGAAGCACAGCCUGGUGGGCUGAGGAUCUGUCCCAUCACGAGUUGGAACCUCAGCUCUGCCACGCGGCAACCCCUAGUCUCGGUAGCUGAAUCUCUCCGCGCGCCUCUGGAAAGUUGGCGUCCUUCCACGCACGACAAGCCGCCUCCUCUCGUGCGCACCUAGGGAACCAGGGAGCGGCUUCUCCGGCCUGACAUGCGCAGACUGGGGCCCCCGCGCCCGGGGGCGCCCGGCUGUCAACUCCCCUCCUCGUCAGUCACUCGUCUGGAGCUUAAAGAAGUGGGUAUUCCCCUUCCCGGGCACUGGGGGAGCCGCCUCGCGGGGAUUCCAGGACCGAGCUCCGGGAUCUGGACUCGCAGCAGCUGCGGCAGAGCGAGCGCGCCGGGGAGCUUGGAGGCGGCGACCCCGCUGGGGCCCAGCUGCCCGGAGUAGCUGGCACGGCCGGAGCCAUGGCCGCCGCGUGGCCGCUGCUGCUGCUGGCUCUGCUGGUGCUGUCCCGGUCAUGCCCGGGAACCGAAGACAUCGUCCUGAAGGCGCCCACCCAGGUGCACGGCUUCUUGGGCGACUCCGUGACGCUGCCCUGCCACCUGCAGCUGCCCAGCACGGAGGUGACGCACGUGUCGCAGCUGACUUGGACGCGGCUCGGUGACUCCCGCAGCGUGGCCGUCUUCCACCAUACUCAGGGCUCCAACUACCCGGAGUCCGAACGGCUGGAAUUCGUGGCCGCCAGGCUAGGGGCGGAGCUGCGGGAUGCCUCGCUGAGGGUGUUCGAGCUGCGCGCCGAGGAUGAAGGCAACUACACCUGCCUGUUCGUCAUGUUCCCGCAGGGCAGCAGGAGCGCGGUUACCUGGCUCCGAGUGUUCGCCAAGCCCCAGAACACAGCUGAGGCUCAGAAGGUCCAGCUCACCAGAGAGCCUGUGCCCAUGGCCCGAUGCAUCUCCACAGGGGGUCGCCCGCCCGCCCGAAUCACCUGGCACUCAGACCUGGGCGGGACGGCCAAUAUGAGCCAGGAGCCAGGGCUGCUGUCUGGCACAGUCACCGUUACCAGCCUCUGGAUUUCGGUGCCCUCAAGCCAGGUGAAUGGCAAGAAUGUGGCCUGCAAAGUAGAGCACGAGAGCUUCGAGAAGCCUCAGCUGCUGGCUGUGAACCUCACCGUGUACUAUCCCCCAGAGGUAUCCAUUUCUGGCUAUGAUGGCAACUGGUACCUCGGCCAGACUGAGGCCAGCCUGACCUGCGACGCUCGCGGCAACCCAGAGCCCACAGGCUAUGAGUGGAGCACGACCAUGGGUCCUUUGCCUCCCUCUGCUGUGGCUCAGGGCACCCAGCUCCUCAUCCAACCUGUGGACAUGUCAAUCAAUACAACUUUCAUCUGCAACGUCACCAGUGCCCUAGGAGCUCGCCAGGCAGAACUGACUGUCCAGGUCAAAGAGGGACCUUCCAGUGAAACCCCAGGCAUGCCCGGGAGCAGCAUCCUUCUCCUGAUUCUGGGACUCCUGGUUGUUCUGGCCCUGCUGGGGGUUGGGCUUUAUUUCUAUCGGUCCAGAUGUUCCCCUUCCCAGCCUUGUUCCUUCCUGACGACUUCCCCUCCUAUUUCCCCAGGUCCGACGGCUGCCAGCACCUCAGUUAAUAGGCCCGUCUCCUAUGCCCCUGUAGCCAUAUCUUCCCAGGAGCCCCAGACAGAGGGCACAAGGUGACAGCGUCGAGUCUGAGCGGGGAGAGAGACUGGAGCUGGCAAGGACGUGGGCCUCCAGAGUUGGACCCCACCCCAAUGGAUGAAGACCCCUUCAAAGAGACCAGCCUCCUUCCCAUGCCAGACCUCAAAACACGGUGGUAGGUGCAGGUUCAGAGGUCUCCAAGACCACCCUGAGCUCAUUUGCUAGGACUCACUGGACUCAGGAAAGCUGUUAAGCUCCAGUUACAGUUUAUUAUGGCAAAAGGACAGAGAUUAAAAUCAGCAAAGCGAGGUGCUGCCCAGCACACAUUCCCGGAGAGAUGAGCCGACAGCUUCCAGCCGUCCCCUCCCAGUGGAGCCGUGUAGGCAGCACCUGAUUCUCACAGCAACGACAUGCGACGACACGCAAGAAGUACUGCCAGCCACAGACCUUCGUGUCCAGAGUUUUAUUUUUUUAAAUAUAUAUAUUUUAAGAUGGGGUUUCACC